AUGGCAGCUUAUGCAGCUCUAGUUUCUCUAAUGAAUAUAAUAGAGCAGAUCCAGCACCAUCCCCACCCUCCGAUUUCGCUCGACAACAAACAGGUCGAAUCUCUCACCGUUGAAAUCACUUUCUUGGAAGACUUUCUCGAAAAUUAUCCCACCAGUGAGGCCUUGGAAAGCCGCAUUGCUAAUGCAGCUUAUGCAGUAGAGGAUAUCAUCGAAUUCCAUGUGGUCGACCAAAUCCUUCCCCCACCCAGAAGCCGUGGGCCCAUCUCCACUAUCGACUUCAAUCAGCGUCUCCAACGAGUUAUCCAAGAUUUCGAGACAAUCAAGAGAGAUGUGGCCGACGUUAAAGAGAAAUCCUGUAAAAAAUCAAUAUCUUCCGGUUCUUCAGUAAAAUCCAAUCUUGUGAGGCAUGACAUCAUGGUGGGGUUGGAUGACAUCAAGCUCGACAUAAUGGAUAAGCUCACCGGAGGAUCGUGCAGCCGUCAAAUCAUACCGAUUGUCGGCAUGGGUGGAAUUGGUAAGACAACUCUCGCUAGAAAUGUUUAUUUAGACUCGUGCGUUAAGCAUCAUUUCGAUGUUCGUGCGUGGGCCACGAUUUCUCAAGAAUACGACGCGAAAGAGAUUCUUCUCGAGCUCCUUGUUUGUCAGAAAGACAAUGCAGGUAGAAAGGAGAGCAUGAACCACAUGAGCGAACAUGAAUUAGGAGAAAUGUUGUACAAGAGUUUAGUGGGUCGGAGGUAUUUGAUUGUACUGGACGACUUAUGGAGUAUCGAGGCGUGGGAUAAGUUGAAGUUCUUUUUUCCGGAUAAUGAUAAUAGGAGUAGGAUGAUGAUGACAACUAGGCUGUCGAACUUGGCUUUCGAGAUAACCGGUACUCAUGGCUACACGAUAAGUUUGUUGGACGACGACAAAAGUUGGGAACUGCUUUGCAAGAUUGUGUUUGGCAGCGAACCUUGCCCGACAGAAUUUGAAGAAAUAGGAAAGAAGAUUGCCGAAAAUUGCAAAGGACUUCCUUUAUCAAUCGUCGUGAUUGGAGGACUCCUCGCAAAGUCAAAACCGGCGCACGAACAGUACUGGCAACACAUAGCAGAGAAUCUCGACUCGAUCGUGAAAACAGAGGACGACAAACGCUGCUCGAAAAUACUUCAAAUGAGUUACGACCAAUUGCCCGUUCACCUAAAGCCGUGUUUCCUCUACAUGGGAGUUUACCCUGAAGACUGCGAGAUUCAUGUCUCUAACCUCAUGAAGCUAUGGGUUGCCGAGGGAUUUCUAAAGCCGAUCGCCGGUAAAAGCCUCGAACAAGCUGCAGAAGAGUACUUCAAUGAGCUCAUCGACCGAAAUCUCGUUUUUGCGAGCAAAAGAGGAUACAACUCUAAAAUAAAAUACUGCAAGAUCCACGAUCUCCUGAUGAAUUUAUGCAUAAGAGAAUCUCAAAAGCAUAGAUUCCUCUUUGUCACAAGCCUUUACAAAAACCACAUUCCGCAAAACAUAAGCAACCAACGACGAGUCGUCAUUCAUCAGGGCACGAAUCCUCAAAUGGUUCACGCCUUGAAGAGAUACGCACCCCUCGUCCGCUCCUUCACGCGCAAAUCACACAGCGUGGCAGAAUCUUUAAAUUUUAGAUUAAUGAGGGUGUUUAACGGUAAUGACAGAAACUGUUAUUAUUCCCUGUUGAGCUGUCCUGGAUUAGUCAACUGCCGGUAUAUCGACAGUCUCAAUAUACCGAGGCGCGACAUUACUCGGGUCCCACUCUUCUGGAAUCUACAGACACUAAUCGUCACGUCGGGAAGCGAAUCCAUUGAGCCCUUGCAGAUUUGGAAAAUGCCUCAACUCAGACACGUGAAGUUGGACUUGCUCCAUCUCCCAGAUCCGGAUGAAGAAAACUUCAUUCUCGAGAACCUUCAAAAGCUUUCGACAGUACGAAAUUUCAAGUGCAGGCAAGGGGUAGUCGAGAGGCUCCCAAACAUCAAGAAACUGAGAUUGUUUUACGAUGAGAGGCUCCUCGACUGGCCGAGCUGCCGUCUCGAAAACAUCGAGUGUUUCGAGAAGCUCGACUCGCUUUCCCUCCACUUUCCGUCAAAAAACAGGCCGGGCCGGGAUUAUUUAUCCGAGAACCUCGUUUUCCCGCGCUUGGUCAAGAAGUUGACUCUUUGGUGCACGGGCCUCGGGUGGGAGGACAUGGCCCGGAAAAUCGGGUGGCUGCCGAAUCUUGAGGUGCUGAGGCUGAAUGUGGAUGCCUUUGUGGGGCCUGUGUGGGAAACGGUCGAGGGGCAGUUUUGUAGCCUCAAGUUUUUGCUGGUCUCGUGUUGCAUGGAACUCGAGAGGUGGAAGGUGGAGAGCAGCCAUUUCCCCUGCCUUGAGAAGGUUGUGCUUAGGUACUUGCGCAAGCUGAAGGAGUUGCCUAGGGAAAUUGGUGAUGUAAUGACGUUGAGAUCGAUCGAGGUGGAGUACUGUAGUGACGAGGCUGUGAUUUGUGCUAGAGAUGUAGUUGAAGAGCAAGGGGAGCUUGGGAAUGAAGAGCUGCAGGUUUUUGUGGUGUUGUCGAAGAAGAACGAGGAGGUGGAGCGUUUGGCGAGUCGUAAUUUUCAAGUGAAGAUCAAGUAA